CCGACUGCCUGCCUCUGAGCUUUUUAGAUGUACAUAAUCCCUGAGUUGACCCAGAAAAUAGGCAGUCGUUUCAAGAUCUGAUGCGGCAGUCUUUGUGCACACCGUCCCCGCUUGAGCAUGAAGCGUAACCCUGUGGAAUACAUACUGUAAUUCAGAGGAGAUUUUGCCUUGCAGAGGAAAACUGUUUAAAUAGACGGAGCCGAAGCAAAGUCGCGCAACUUUGUGAAAACGUAGCGGAUUCGGACAGGAGGCAUGGCAGAUCAUCUGAUGAUGCCCAUGAAUCACAACUCGACGGGUGCCAGUCUCCACGGUUACAGGAUGGGCAUGAAUGGCGGCCUGCAGGCAGGUCACCAGCAGCAUGCCAACCAGCAGGGCAUGAGGGCGCUGCCCAAUGGCCAGAUGAUGCACUAUGGUGGCGCUCAGGCCAACAUGGAGACGGCCAUGAGGCAGCGGCAGGGCAUGGUGAGUGGACCCAUGAAUGGACAGCUGAAUGGGGCCCAGAUGGGUCACCACCAGAUGACCUCUGGUAACAUGAUGUAUAAUGGGCAGCAGCAGCAACAGCAUCACCCUCAGCAGCAUCACAUGCAUCCACCGCAACAUCCACAACAGCAUCCACAGCAACAUCCACAGCAACAUCCACAGCACCAGCAACAAGCCCAGCACCCACAGCAGCAACAAGCCCAGCACCCACAACAGCAGCAACUACAACAACAACUACAACAGCCGCAGCAGCAACAACAACAACAACAACCGCAGCAGCAGCAACAGUUCAUGAAUGGAGGGUUAACGUCCCAGCAACUCAUGGCCAGCAUGCAGCUGCAAAAACUCAACACCCAGUACCAUGGGCACCCACUGGGGCCUAUGGGUGGGAACCACAUGGGGCCCACGACACAGUACCGCAUGAACCCAGCCCAGCUGGCUAACAUGCAGCACAUGGCCGGGCCGGCACUGGCCCUGAACGGCAUGGACGCGGAUAUGAUUGACGAGGAGGUUCUGACCUCGCUGGUCAUGGAGCUGGGCUUGGACCGGGUCCAGGAGCUGCCAGAACUUUUCCUGGGCCAGAAUGAGUUUGACUUCAUCUCAGACUUUGUCAGCAAACAGCAGCCGAGCACUGUUAGUUGCUGAAGGGACCAGAUUUGCGAAGGAGCACAAAUGGAGACCGAAGAGUGAGAAUUGUCCAGGGCGGACGAAGUGUGCGCAUCACUUUUUAUUUAGUGAACACCUCCCUGUACAACCAAGCCCAGUUGGGACACGGGGUGCAAGGGUGCACAGAAGAGAACUCUGGAUAUCCACAGGGAACACACAGUGCUCGAGUCUCACACGUGCGAGUGGCCAGAGGGUGGCUGGCUUCAAGGCAGAGUUCCACCGCUCCCAUUUCCUGGACAUGAAUGUAAUAAAGAAAUGCUGAAAUUCUUAAAAGCCACUCUGAACAAUGCUAUGACACUGUGUAGCCUCCACGCUUGGACUCCAUGACAGUUUACCAAUAAAAAGGUGUAUUUAUGUUUUCCCAUCUGAGAAAACUGAUAUAAAGAACAACCACCUUCUCCAUUUUGGGAAUCAAGUGGUUUUAAUGAUUUUCUUUUGGAGAGUAGGACGGGGGGAGAACGUUUUAAAUUAAGUUCUCCGCUCAUGAUUUUUUUCCCCAUUCUAUUUGGCCUAGUAUUUAAAUAAGCUCAGAUGACAAGGUCAUCUAAAGAGGAGCCUGGAUUUUCUAUCAUAAGUCAGACACGAUGGAAGUACAAUGUUAUCUCAUUUGAAUGGAAGCCUCAUCCAGAUUUUAAAAAUGGUUCACUUUUGGUAAAGUGCUGCCUUUUUUAGAUGUGACGUUCUCAAGAAAUCUACUGCUUUUACUGUAUGAAGCUGUAUAACUCCAACAUGUCCACACUGUUGUGUUCUAUUGGAGAUGUAGAACCGCCUUAAUCGCGCAGAUUCUUAUUUAUUGGUUGUUUAUAUUGUCCCCUUUUUUUGUGGUCAAGAUGGGGGGGGGGAUGGUCUUUGUGAAGGGGGUUUUGAGGAUCAAUAAAGAUGGCCUGGAUAGAAAUGUGGCCUGCUUUUCCAU